AUGGAGACUGUUUCAGACAUUGUUUGGCUAAUACCAGUUCACAUUGUUGGACUGAUCGGAUUCACCCUGAACUCCUGGAUUAUAGCCGUGAACAUGAAGGACUAUCGUGCAGGUAUCAGACUGAGCCUCUGUGAUCAGAUUCUGACUCUGAUCGGACUGACCAACCUGGGCUUGCAGACUGUCCUGAGUGCAAACUCAUUCAUCAGUACAUUUAAAUCUAAUUAUAAAAUGUUUUUCCAAGAAUUCCAACUAACGAAGAUUGGGAUUCUUGUAUUUCUAACUACAUUCAAUCUCUGGCUUACGGUUUCGCUCUCAUCCUACUACUGCCUCAAAAUUGUCAAUUUUAAACGAGGAAUAUUCUUGACUUUGAAGAUGAGAAUCUCAACUUUUCUACCGAAGUUUAUGGUUCUCUCGUUUGUUGAAUCCAUCUUCAUAACAAUACCAUUUGCCUGGAAUGUCUCCCCACAGAUCUUAAACGACCCAAAGAAAAACUCUACAGAUAAUUCCAUGGAAUUUCAAGUAAUUUUAACAGUCACAUCUAACUAUUUAGUGGUUGUUUUGACAGGGACUAUUGUACCCCUGUUCUUCAUCCUUUUGAACAUUGGACUGACACUUACCUCACUUUGGAGGCACACAAAGAUGAUGAAGAAGAAUGACUUCUGCAGACACCAGUUAGAAGCCCACCGCAAAGCGGCCAGGACAAUAGUCCUACUGUUGCUUAUCUAUGUUAUCUUUUAUAUGUCAUGUGUCAUUAUCACUUUAUACUCAUUUAAUGUUGGUAAUAUCAUGAUGGUUUGGUUUUUGGUUUUAGCCUAUCCCAUGGCCCAGUCCCUAAUAAUAAUACUGGGAAACUCCAAAUUAAAAAAGGCCAGUAAAAUGACAGAAACGUAUCUGAGGAAUUGUGUAAAAGGUACAUUUAAAUAG